CUCCUCCCCGUAGGGGCCGGGGGUUGGAGGGGUCAUUUCCCCCACACACACGGUGAGUGGGUGGGGGGUAGCGUUCUGCUAACCCUCUCCUCCUCCGCAAGAGUUCGAGCCCGGACCUGGGGUCGCUCCUCGCUCCCCCCUCUCCCGCAGGAGCUCGAGCCCGGCCGUGGGGGGGUCGCUCCCCGCUCCCCCCCUCCCCUCCCUACUCCGCUCCCUCCCGCGGAGGGGGGGGGUGGCGGCCAUUGCUCUCCAAGAUGGCGGCGGCGGCGGCGGCGGCGGCGGCGGCGGAAUUUUAGGAUACCCUGGGCCAGGAUCAAUGGCCUUCCCAGGCCAGUUGCCAUGGGAACCACCUUCGAGCUGUUACCAUGGUCCCCUUAAUCUUGCCCCUUCCCAGACAUCUGCUGAGUCCAUCCAGGCCUAGUACCACACCUAGACCCCGCAGGAAAAGCAGUCCAUCUUGGAGAUUUCUAUGCUCCUCUGUCCUAAAAAGGUUACCAGGAUCCUGGGGCUAGCCCCACUUCCGAAAGCCAGAUGCGUCUCACCCGAUGCCAGGUCGCGCUGGCGGCCGCCAUUGUUCUCAACCUCCUCGUCUUCUUCUACGUGUCCCGGCUGCAGCAGCAGCGUCGGCGGGGCGGGCGGGCAGUCCGGCCCCCCCGCCUCGCCCACUCGGCCCCCGACCCCCGCGUCACCGUCCUCAUCCGAGAGUUCGAAGCCUUUGACAACGCGGUGCCCGAGGUGGUGGCCUCCUUCCUGCACCUCGACCCCAGCCAGCCCAUCGUGGUGGCGGCCGACACGCUCCCCUACCCGCCCCUGGCCCUGCCGGCCGUCCCCAACGUGCGGCUGGCCCUGCUCCGGCCCUCCCUGGAUCGGCCGGCGGCCGCCUCGCAGCCCGAGACCUACGUGGACACGGAGUUCGUGGCCCUGGUGCCCGAUGGCACGCGGGCAGAGACCCCCGGGCAGCUCCAGCGCAUGGUAGAGGAGCUGAGGAACACCCACGCCCGCCUGGUGGCCGCCCCCGUGGCCACCGCGAGCCCCCCCCACUGCCUGGCGCUGGAGGUGAACGUGCGCGAGUGGACAGCCAGCUACGGGCCGGCCCCGGACCCGCCCUUCUGCGACGCGCUGGAUGGGGAGGUGGUGGUAGUGGUCCGCACCCGCGACCUCUUCAACCUCUCGGCCCCCCUGGCCCGGCCCAUGAGCACCGGCCUCUUCCUGCAGACCUCGGUCCGCGGGUGGUCGGUGCGCCUCCUGGACCUGCCCUUCGCCCCCGCCCGGCAGCCCCCCUUGGCCACGGCCCACGCCCGCUGGAAGGCGGAGAAGGAGGGGCGCGCCCGGCGGGAGGCGCUGCUGCGGACGCUGGACAUGCGGCUGGUCAGCUGGGAGGGCGGCCGGCAGGAGUGGUUUGGCUGCGGCAAGGAGACGGCCAGGUGCUUUGACACGGUGGUGGGCGACACCCCCUCCUACCUGUACGAGGGCCGCUGGACGCCGCCCUGCUGCCUGCAGGCCCUGCGCGAGACGGCGCGCCACGUGGUGGGCGUGCUGGAGGCCGCCCGCGUGCGCUACUGGCUGGAGGGCGGCAGCCUGCUGGGAGCCGUGCGCCACGGCGACAUCAUCCCCUGGGACUACGAUGUGGACCUGGGCAUCUACCUGGAGGACGUGGCCAACUGCGAGCAGCUGCGGGGGGCCGAGGCCGGCUCGGUGGUGGACGAGCGGGGCUUCGUGUGGGAGAAGGCCGUGGAGGGAGACUUCUUCCGCGUCCAGUACAGCGAGACCAACCACCUGCACGUGGACCUGUGGCCCUUCUACCCCCGCAACGGCGUCAUGACCAAGGACACGUGGCUCGACCACCGGCAGGACGUGGAGUUCCCCGAGCACUUCCUCCACCCGCUGGUGCCCCUGCAGUUCGCGGGCUUCUUGGCCCAGGCUCCCAACAACUACCGCCGCUUCCUGGAGCUCAAGUUCGGGCCCGGCGCCAUCGAGAACCCCGAGUACCCCAACCCCGCCCUCAAGAGCCUGGCAGGCAGCGGGUGAGGGCGCUUCGGGGCGCCGGCAGCCAGCUCUCCCGAGGGGCUCCCCGGGAGCAGGACAAGAGGGCGCUGAAUCUCAGUCGUGCAUGGAGAGGAUCGAGGCCGUCCAGGAAUGGGAGGGGGGUCGCGGGGAGGGGGACACAGCAAGGGAAGCAAUAAAAGACCCCCUGCUACCAGGCUGGCCCA